CCUCCACACAAACUCUCUAUCUUUCAACUUCCCACUACUUCUAUCAUUAACCGUUACCGUUAAUUGAUAUACCAAUUAGCUUAAUUCUCUUUAUUUGAGUUUCCUUUCUCAUUUACCAAAUAAUUAAUUGAUCAUGACAAAACUAAUCUGCUUCUUCUUCUUCUUCAUUUUCUUUGCCCUACUAAAUAUCAACUCAUCAUUUGCCAGAACAAGCUUUAACGUUUUAAGCUAUGGAGCCAAACCUAAUGGCGUAACAGACUCCACCAAGGCUUUUCUUGAUGCAUGGUCUGCAGCCUGUAGCUCUAAUGAUUCAACUAUGAUAUAUGUACCUAAAGGAAGGUAUUUGGUUGGCGCUAUGGCCUUUAAUGGUGACUGCAAAAGCUCUGAUAUCACCAUUCGCAUUGAUGGGACGCUGGUGGCUCCAGGAGAUUAUCGCAUACUAAGUCAAGCUCAUGACUGGCUUAGCUUUAACAAAGUUAAUGGUGUUUCCAUUGUUGGUGGAGCAUUGGAUGCUAAAGGGUCACCCUUGUGGGCUUGCAAAGCCAAAGGCAGUAACUGCCCAGAUGGCGCUACGACUCUGAGAUUUGCAAACUCCAACAAUAUAAAGAUCAAUGGCUUGUUAUCACUAAACAGCCAAAUGUUCCAUAUUGCCAUUAAUGGCUGCCAAAAUGUAAGCGUUGAAGGAGUUAAGGUGAUAGCUUCUGGAGAUAGUCCAAACACAGAUGGAAUUCAUGUUCAAAACUCCGCCAAUGUUGCGAUCAUCAACUCUGCAAUUAAAACUGGUGAUGAUUGUAUCUCCAUUGGCCCUGGAGCUAAGAACUUGUACAUUGACCGGAUUAGAUGCGGACCUGGUCAUGGAAUUAGCAUAGGAAGCUUAGGUCGGGACAUGGAAGAAGAAGGGGUUCAAAAUGUGACAGUUAAAAGUACAAUAUUUGCAGACACUCAAAAUGGAUUUAGGAUAAAGUCUUGGGCUAGACCGAGUAAUGGAUUUGUUGAAGGAGUUCAAUUCAUAGGUGCCAUUAUGCGUAAUGUCCAAAAUCCCAUUGUCAUUGAUCAACAUUAUUGUCCUCACAAUUUAAAUUGCCCUAAUCAGGUAUCGGGUAUAAAAGUUAGUGAUGUUAUAUAUGAAGACAUUCGAGGAACUUCAGCUACACCGGUUGCCAUAAAAUUUGAUUGCAGUUCCAAAUUUCCGUGUAAUGGGAUAAAACUGCAUAAUGUGAAUUUGACGCACUCAAAUCAAGUAGCUCAAUCAUUUUGUGCUAAUGUGGUUGGCAAGACAAUUGGGCUAGUUCAACCCAAUGGUUGUUUGUGA